GCUCUUGGAUCAUCAAGUGAUCCACCCCUCCCAGCGAAGAUAAAAGACAUGAUGUCUCUUCCCCGUGUCUGAUUCCCUGAAUCUUCGUUUCUUCUAUCUAUGGCUGUUUGAACGGUGCAUAGUUCGGAGACUAUGGCCUCUCAACUCGAAAUAUUCGUCAAAGCUCUCUCCCGCCUUUUGGGCUGGAUCUACACGCUUUGCUGGUCCGCAUCGUUCUAUCCCCAACCGCUCAACAACUUUCGGCGACGUUCAACCACAGGUCUAGCUAUUGACUUCCCUACGAUAAACGUUCUGGGAUUCGUUUGUUAUACGAUUUAUACAUCUGCUUUCCUUUGGUCUCCGGUCAUUCGCCAUCAAUAUGCUGCCCGUCACCCUCUCGCGCAAGACGCCACGGUGCGCUUUAAUGACUUCGCUUUUGCCAUCCACGCUGUCAUUCUCAGCGUCAUAUAUUACUCCCAGUUCUGGCCCUUCAUCUGGGGCUUCAAAGUCUCUCGGUACCAACGGGUCAGUAAACCUGUCGCCGGUCUUUUCUGGGGCUCUAUCGUCGGCGUGGGUGUCGUCAUUGUGAUUGUUCUUGUCAAGAGCCCCAACGGAGGACUUGAUCCGUUUUCGUGGGCAUGGAUCGAUGUUAUUUAUGCCAUUUCAUAUGUGAAGUUGAUAAUCACUAUCGUGAAAUACGUACCUCAAGCGUGGGUGAACUACAAGCGCAAGUCCACAUAUGGCUGGAGUAUUGAAGGGAUUCUCUUCGACUUUUCUGGCGGUGUUCUGUCUCUAGCGCAGCUGAUAAUGGACUCCAGCUUUCAAGGUGAUUGGAGUGGCAUCACUGGAAAUCCCGCCAAGUUCCUAUUAUCCAAUGUGACCAUUUUCUUCGACGUCAUCUUUAUCGUGCAGCACUACAUCCUUUACAAGGAUGCAAAUGACAAAAACAAUAAGGGCCAGGACGCGAACGAUAGAACGCCGCUGUUGUCUCAGACCAACGAUCUGCCGUGAGCUACCAGUGUCUGUGUAUGAGACACGAGGAUUGGAUUAAUUCAUUUUGCUUUUUUCUGGACCUUCGCGUUGCGAGUAUCUGCCUGUAUCGGUUGCAAUUUGCUUUGUUUGUCUCGCCUCGGGUUUGCGUGCGAUAAUAUCACAGCCGAGGCUGGAGAUCUUCUUGGAUUUUGUACACAACACUAGAAUUUCCGUCGCAGCAGAUGGCGGAGAAGCCGUUCUCCUGAGCACCGAGUAGUUGAAAGCAUCUUUCGCGACCGAGGUGGCCAAGAGAUGACUCAACUGCUGGUCCUCGGAAAUGGAUAGAAUAUUAUUUUUGGAAUUGUG